AUGCCUUGCGCUGCAAUCUACCAGGGCAGCGCGAGCGGACGGCCAGUGAAGGAGCUUUACGCACGGAGCAGUCUGUGUCCAGCCACAGCAGCACAGGCAGCAGCAGCAGCGGCUCGGCUCAGCGUAUCUCUCCUCUCUCCUCUGCCUCCACGGAAGGGGCUGGAGCAGAUGAGUGACUGGAGCGGGCUCCGGCCACUGCGCACUGUGUGGCGGUGUGUGCGCGUGGGGCAAGCGUCACUUUGGCACUGCGCUGUGACACUGCUCUCGCCACAGCUCCACACGCGGCUACGGGAACAGUUCGCUCUGAGGGACCCGUGCUGCGGCCGGUGGGGCCCGAGAGAGACGGAGGAGAGCCGACCCUUCCAGCGCCGCUCUCCGGGCGAUGCCAGUGUAAAUGCCAGGGCAAUGUCCCGAAGAAAGCAGGGGAACCCACAGCACUUGUCCCAGAGAGAACCCACUCAGGUUGAGCCCCCCAAUGGCGGCCUGCUCACUGACUCCCUCCCUCACCACCCGCUGGCCUUACCACCCCACGGCCUCCCACACCUCCCGCACGGCCUACCCCCCCAUCUGGAGCCGGCCCUGGCCCACGCCCUGCCACCCGGCCUCCACGAUGACCACGACUUGCUGACGUGCGGCCAGUGCCAGCUCACUUUCCCGCUGGCCGACAUCCUCGUCUUCAUCGAGCACAAGAAGAAGCAGUGCCAGACGCCGCAGAUCGCCAACGGAUGCUACGACAAGAUGGCCGACCGGGGGGGAGGAGGAAGCGGGAGUCCGAACGUGCCGAGCCUUCACCACCACCAUCAUCAGAGGCUGGAGCUGAAGAAGGUGAUGGAGCCCGUGGAGGUGGGCGUCCAGGUCACUCCAGAGGAAGAGGAGCAGACGUUGAGAGGGGGGGAGAGAGGAGAGAGGACGCCGCCCAAAGGGAUAUGUCCCAAACAGGAGAACGCGCUGGGUGGAGGAUUAGGCGAAGCGCUGACAGGACGAGCCCACAUCUCCACCAUAGCACCACCACCACCACCACCUCCUCACCCCUCCCGCUCUCCCCACUGGUCGGGGCCCCGGUGUGGGAUAAGCCGGUAUGCUCUGGCACCCUCCUCUGGCGGCAGAGAUGAGCCCUCCAGUUACAUCUGCACCAGUUGUAAGCAGCCCUUCCCCAGCGCCUGGUUCCUGCUGCAGCAUGCGCAGAACACUCACGGCAUCCGCAUCUACCUGGAGUCCAACCCGUCCAGUGCCGCCCUCACCCCCCGCAUCACCAUGCCUCCGCCCAUGCCCAACGACGCCAUCCCGCAGUCUCCCCUCACCAACUUCCUGGGCGACAACAACCCGUUCCACCUGCUGCGUAUGGCGGGGCCCCUGUUACGGGAGCCUCCGCCGGGGUUUGGAGAGAACCGGCUGCCCAACACCCCUCCCUUUGUCAGCCCGCCUCCGCGCCACCACCUGGACCCCCACCGGCUGGAGCGGCUGAGCGCAGAGGAGAUGGGGCUCAUCUCGCAGCACCCCAGUGCCUUCGAGCGGGUGAUGCGCCUCACGCCCAUGGCAAUGGAAUCCCAAUCCAUGGACUUCUCCCGACGCCUCCGAGAGUUAGCAGGGAACAACAACAACACCACGCCCCCCCUGUCUCCCAGCCGGGCCAACCCUAUGCACCGACUGCUUAACCCCAGCCCCUUCCAGCCCGGCCCCAAGUCUCCUUUUCUGAGUACCCCUCCCCUCCCACCCAUGCCCCCCAACAGCACCACCCCUCCUCAGACACAGAACAAGGUCAAGUCCUGUGAAUUCUGCGGAAAAACCUUCAAGUUCCAGAGUAACCUGGUAGUUCACCGCCGGAGCCAUACUGGAGAGAAACCAUACAAGUGCCAGCUGUGCGACCACGCCUGCUCCCAGGCCUCCAAGCUCAAGCGCCACAUGAAGACCCACAUGCACAAGGCAGGCUCUCUGACGGGACGCUCUGACGAUGGACUGUCCACCACUAGCUCCCCUGAGCCAGGCACUAGCGACGUCACUGGAGAGGGUAUGAAGAACCGUGAUGGGGACUUUCAGGGAGAGGGCAAUGAGGAGGAAGAGGAGGAGGAGGAGGAAGAGGAGUUGGAGAAUGAGAGUCGACCAGAGUCCAACUUCAGCAUAGAGGCUGAGUUCUUCAGGAACCGAGAGAACGGUCCCAAAGCCGCUGACGAGAAGAAUGCUCUGGCUCUGGAGAAAAUGGUGGAGGUGGGAGGCCUUAACUCCAUUCAGCCCUACAACAACCUAAUAGUCGACAAUCGUAAACGAAUGCUCUUCUCCAAGAGGAAUUCUGAAGGUCCGCGGGACAUUGUAGAUGAGGACUCAGUGGCUGUGAUGGACCUUCAUCACCACCAGCCUGAGGAGAGGACCACCAUCAACGGCCGGAACUGUGGUUCUGGUGACUCUUUCUCAGGCCUGUUUCCCCGCAAACCCACGCCCAUCACCAGCCCUAGUCUGUCCAACAACUCCAACAAAAGGAUAAAGAUCGAGAAGGACUUGGACAUCCCCCCUACGCCCCACAUCCCAUCGGAGAACGUGUACUCCCAGUGGCUAGUGGGCUACGCAGCCUCUCGACACUUCAUCAAAGACCCUUUUCUAGGCUUCACUGACUCCAGACAAUCACCCUUUGCCACGUCCUCAGAGCACUCGUCGGAAAACGGCAGCCUGCGCUUCUCCACGCCCCCCGGAGACUUGCUGGACGGGGGUCUGUCUGGUCGAAGCGGUACAGCCAGUGGGGGCAGCACUCCUCACCUGGGGGGUCCGGGACGUCCCAGUUCCAAGGACAGUAAGAGGAGUGACACGUGCGAAUACUGUGGCAAAGUGUUUAAAAACUGUAGUAACCUGACGGUGCACCGGCGCAGCCACACGGGCGAGCGUCCGUACAAAUGUGAGCUGUGUAACUACGCGUGCGCACAGAGCUCAAAGCUCACGCGCCACAUGAAAACGCACGGGCAGCACGGCAAGGAGGUGUACCGCUGUGACAUCUGCCAGAUGCCGUUCAGCGUCUACAGCACGCUUGAGAAACACAUGAAGAAGUGGCACGGGGAACAUUUGAUGACCAACGAGGUCAAAAUCGAGCAGGCGGAGCGAGCCUAA